AUGUCUCAAGCUUCCACUGAGCUGCUAUCUGCCCUGCAAAUUCUUUGCAACACCUCUCGUGAAUCACUUCGCGCCUUCCGCGGAUUGGAUACUUGGGAAAGAGUGAAGGUUGUUAUCAAUUCUAUCGACGACGACUCAGACACAAGCUCAGAGAAUGAAGACCUUUUACAAAGCUCUCUAUCUUGUCUCUCUUCCUCAACACCAUCGAUUAUCAGCUCACAGAGCCAUCGGUCAUCCAGCGCUAUUUUGCCAGCUCCCACAUGCAUCACCCCAUCCGUUGAGAAUAUAUCAACCAGUGGGGCCGGCAUUUCCCAGCGCAAGCGUAAAGAUAUAUGUGUCGAGUUUCUUAAUGAGGUGAAGAAUGUUUUGCCAAAUCUUAUUGAAUUUUCGACCAAGUAUCAAACGCUAGAGGCGAUACCGCUUGAAAAGGAAUUUUCACUCGACAAACGGAUCCUGUUCUUAAAAGUUGUUUAUGGCUCUAAGGUUCUCAGCCAGCACGCUGAGGAGCACGCGGGCGCCGCAAUAGGAAUGCUACCUAUUCUCUCAUUUGCUUACCUAAAGUUUCGGUUAUUGAAGUACGAUCAAUAUCCGCGGGCUAUCGAUGCCCUCCUUCUCGAGGACAGGAUGGUGAAUGCUAUUAAAGGCCUUUCGAAGUGGACUCAGGAACUGAUAACCACAUUUCAAUCGCCUUAUCAAAGGGAUACUGGUAUUCUGCAGAACCUUUUUCAAACACAAUCUGGCACGAUACUUGACUCUUUGAGUACGCGGGCCUCUCUCUCUGAAGAAUCCGUGAAUGAAGAAGUCAGGCAACCGGAGCGGGGCGGUUCUUCGCCUACAGGGAGAAUGGAUGCGGGCGGCCUGACAGCAACAUUUGGGAUAAACGCGUACUUGCGGGCGGACCACGCGGCUGCGACACAGACUUCAUCGCGCGCGGAGUUACUGACGGAGCAGGAAGUUAGAUAUCAAGGCCCGCACACAAUGGGAAUAGUGACGGCUACGGCGAAGCGACGGCGGCUGAACGUUGCGUUGAGCGGCCAGAAAAGUAGUCUGUCUAGUCACGGAUCGAUCCAACGGAGUGCGGACAAUUGCCAAGCCAUAGCACUAGCAUUGCCUGCUAGUGGUUCAUUUGAAGGUAGACAUCAUCAGGGUGUCCAACGACGGAUGCUGACGGAUGCUGCGGAUACACCCACCGUAGCAGAAAGCGGUUCUCUCGGUACGCAGGCCUCUCUCCCCGAAGAAUUUGUGAAUGAAGAAGUAAGUCGGUCAAGGCCGAAUGAGUUUUUGCCUGUAGGGCGAACUGGGCCGAAACGUCGCCGCCCGGAUAUUGCACCGAGCGACCUGACAGGUACUGUAUUCGGUCAACGUGGACCGGCCCAUCACUUCCGGAAUUCGCAAGGCCAGGCGGAUGGUGAUGUGCCUGGGCACGGUCCAAUGGUAACCAACCGAGUCAACAACAAUCAUCUUCGUGUGCAACAUCUAGAUAGUUUCACGCAAGCGUCGAGUCAGCAGGCCAACAUCAUUAAUCAACUACCAGCGCAGUCCACGGCACAUCUUAACCUAGAUAAUCCGGCAAACACAUCGAGUGCGAACCAUCCGAAUUUGAUACAGUAUCAUACGUUGUGCCCAACCGCACAUAAUAUAGACCAAGUGCGGCAAAAUAUGCCCCAACCGGGUCCUCCCAACGCAGCGGCGCAAACACCACUCAAUCCAAACACAGACCAGGGCCAUACAACACCUGGGAUGGACGCGUGCUUACAACCACGGGCGAACCACGCGGCUACGGCACAAAGCUCACCAACUAGUGACUUUCUCUGGCUUGCUUCAUAUGCGAACUUUGACUCGGGGAAUAUAGGUUUAGACACACAUUUUCCACCAGCCAGCGAUGUUGACCUCCUCCAACUUGGCCUACAUACAGAUUUCACGUUAAUGGAUACAAGCUUGGCCCAACUACCGGCUAGGUCUGCCUCUGAUCAGCCUCUUCACCAUCCAGGGUUGGUACCGGCGAAUACGAUGACCCCCAUACAGUUCCCUCAGUCUCAGGUACAAGAACCAAGGUCUAGCCUCCAGCUUGGCAUAUAUGCCGACGUUCUUAACACAAAUCAUGCCGAAUAA